AAAAAAAGAGAUGAAGAAAAAGAGUCCUAGUGUAGCUUUGAAUCUCUCUCUCUCUCUCUCUCUCUCUCCGGUUUGCAUUUGUUGUUCUCAGAUCUGAGGUUUUUUCGAAUCUUAUAAAUCUCUUUUCCUCUAUGUUCAAGCUUCUACUACCCCACCAAAUCCCAAAAACCCUUCAGGUAUAGGAGCUGUUACUGUUAGAAAAGAUCAUGAGCGAGAAGUUUUGUGUGAGUGAUGAAGACAAGGGUGUGUUGGAAUCUGUGUUGGGUGCAGAAGCUGUUGCAUACUUUGUUUCUGCGGUUUCAAAUAAUUUCUUCUCCAGCGUGGUUGCUUCUGCUUCGGCUUUGGCCGGAACUGAUGCUGGCCUCCGGCGGCGGCUGUGCCAGGUUUUAGAGGGUUCCAAGUGGAAUUAUGCUGUGUUUUGGCAGGUUGCUGGACUGAAAUCUGGUGGCUCCGCCUUGAUUUGGGGCGACGGCCAAUGCUGCGAUCCCAAAGGGGGCGGAGCUGGCGAGGGGGGAUCUGAAGGGGAUUGGAGUGGAGUUGGUAAGGGUGAUGAAGAGGAGCUGAGAAAGAAGGUGCUGCAGAAGCUUGAUGCAUACUUUGCUUGCUCUGUGUCGAAAGAGGCGAAUUAUGCAAGAUUAGAUAGGGUUUCGGAUUUGCAUAUGUUUUACUUGGCCUCAAUGUAUUAUAUAUUUGGUUUUGAUUCGCCUUGUGGCCCUGGUUGUUCUUUCAAGUCUGGCAAAUCAAUUUGGGUUUCUGAUUCUGCUAGCUGUUCAAACCAACUAGAAUCAAGGUCAUUUCUUGGGAGAUCAGCUGGUCUUCAAACGGUUGUUUUUGUGCCUCUUAAAGCCGGAGUUGUUGAGCUUGGUUCCAUGGAAACAGUGCCAGAAGACCAGGGUGUUUUGGAUUUGGUCAGGACAGCAUUUGGUGAAUCUAGUUCUGGACAGGCGAAGGCAUUUCCGAAGAUUUUUGGCCGUGAAUUAAGCGUUGGUGGUGGGGAUGCGAAAUCUCAGUCAAUAACCAUUAGUUUCUCACCGAAGUUGGAAGAUGAUUCUGGUUUCACUUCAGACUCUUAUGAAGUUCAAGCUCUAGCAGCAAACCAUGGAUAUGGGAAUCCUUCCAAUGGGAGCAUGGGUGAAAAUAGCGAAGCAAAAUUGUUCCCUCAAAUGAUUGGUGGGAAUUACAACGCUCAAACAAGGGUUUCUUCGCUAGAUCUUGGAAAUGAAGACUCCUCCUCGACUCAUUUGGAUGAGCGGAAGCCCCGAAAAAGAGGUAGAAAGCCUGCGAAUGGAAGAGAGGAACCCCUGAAUCAUGUUGAAGCCGAGAGACAAAGGAGGGAAAAGCUAAACCAAAGGUUCUACGCCUUGAGAGCUGUUGUUCCGAAUAUAUCUAAAAUGGACAAGGCAUCUCUACUUGGCGAUGCGAUUACGUAUAUCACUGAUCUGCAGAUGAAGAUCAAGGUGUUGGAAACAGAGAAGAACAUGAAUAACAACAAUGAACCAAUGUUUCCUUUUUCGGAUAUAGAUUUCCAAGCCAGAGAGGAUGACACAGCAGUCGUGCGAGUAAGUUGCCCCUUGGAUCUCCACCCGGUUUCCAGAGUCAUUAAGACAUUCCAGGAGCAUCAAAUCAUGGCUCCAGAGUCAGGUGUUUCAACAUCGGAGGGAAAGAUGAUUCAUACAUUCUCCAUAAGAGCGCAGGGCAGCGAGGCUGCUGCAAUACAAUUGAAGGAAAAGCUUGAAGCAUCCUUAUCCAAAAACUGAUAAGUUUUCAGAAAAGAUUAUAUAUUUAUCAUCAUGUGGCAUGUUAAUGCAAUGCAACAAUGUUAUUGUUAGGUAUACAUGAUAGUGUUCUUAGUGUACUUAUAUUAAUCAGAUUGUAAGUUAAAAUCAUAUUGUAAGUUAAGUCCUAAGAUGUGGUCUUUGUGGCUCUCUUUGAACUGAUUUGUAAUCAAUGACCUGAAUUAUGUAUUUACUUAUGAUAAAUAGCAUGAGUUGAAUUAAA